GAUGAUGAAGAUUGACGUUGAAAAUCAAUGGAGGUUAGAAGAAGGGGGAAGCCAUUAGAGAGCAAUAGAAUCUUAGCUGUAUGCAUCACCCCCACACUCAUAACCAAUCAAAUUACUCUUUGAUUAAACCUUUUCUCUCUCUGUUUGGGGAGAGAGAAAAUGAAAGAAAAGAAAAGAAAAGAAAAGAAAAAAAAGUGCCCCACACAAAUCUGCAACCCAUUACUGCAAACCUGUCUCCCCCAAUCUUCCUCUGUUUCUUCACUGCUCUGAGGAACAAUCCCACAAUGUUUGAUUCCUUCUUCUUCUUCUUCUUCUUCUUGAUUAUAUUCCCUCACUGUAAAUCUUCUGAAAUUUCCGCCGGUGGUCGGAGAUUGCUUCACCAGCCAUUUUUUCCGAUUGAUUCUGCUCCUCCGGCGGAGCAGCCAUCGCCUCUGGUACCACCACCGCCGAAUCCCAAAUACCCAUUUUCAACUACCCCUCCUGCAACACCUGAUGGGUCACCAUUCUUUCCGACGUAUCCUGCAACUCCACCUCCUCCAGCGCCGGCAAGUUUAGCCUCGUUUCCGGCUAAUAUUUCUUCUCUGAAUCUACCUCAUUCGUCUGGUUACAGUUCCAAGAAGGUUGUUCCGUUGGUUAUUGCUGGGGUUGUUUCCGCCGUCUUGGUAAUCUGCAUUGUAGGGUUUUUGUUCUGGCGGCGGCGGCGGGGUGGUCGUGGAUUGGGGGAUGGAAAGACGUAUAGAUCGGAAGAUAGUAGCCGGUUGUCUCUGGUUCAGAAUGUUGAAGUCGGUAAUGGAAUCCCUAAGUUGAGAAAUCCGUCGGCUACUAGCUCUGAGUUUCUGUAUUUAGGUACUCUUGUAAGCACGAGAGGGAUCGACGAACGUUCCGUUGGCGGAGCUCGUGCUGUUGGUUCUAGGCCGUUGGAUUCGCCGGAGCUUCAUCCGCUUCCGCCGCUGAAUCUAGGUCGGAAUGAGAAGAAAAAUCGCGAAAAUGGAGAGGAGAAAUCGAUUGGAGAUGAAGAGGAAGAGGAAUUUUACUCUCCGAAAGGUUCUCUCGGCGCUAUUGGAUCGGGAUCUCGACGAGUUCUCGCAACAAUGGCGGCGGAAGAUUUGCUUGGCAAAACCAGCGAUUCGAGCUCGACUUCGUGUUCUACAUCUAGCGGUUCCAUUUCGCCGGCGAGAUCAUGUUCUAAGAGUCUCUCUCUAUCUCCACCGGCGAGUAUGAGCCCUAGGAGAUCCGUUCAACAUGCGGAGCAGGUUGCCCACGGCGGAGGCGAAUCAGACGGCGGCGUUAAAUCUCAUUGUCCAUCUCCAAUGCGUUUAGCGACGGAGAAGAACUCCACCGCAUCUUCUUCCCGGAGAUUUUCAAAUGCUUCAAUUCUCAGUGCGAUUUUCCCGAAUUUAUCAACCGAUAAGGAUUUAGUUCAUCGGAAUUCAGAUCCAGGCGAGCAGUUUCCUUCUUCUCCUUGUUUAUUUCCACUUUCAGAUGGAAUUUUAGGGCAAAUUCAGAUUCAAUUGCCGAUAGUUUCAAACGUUCCUGAUUCGGAUUCCGAUGCAAAACUUAAGCAAUUUCCUUACUCAUUUACUUCAUCUUCACCUUCAUCGUCACCGGAACGAGUAGUUUUGGACUCUUCUCCGUCAACUACCUCCAUUAUUUCCGAUCAAACCAGGUCGUCUCCACCAUCACCAGAGAGAAUUCUCAACCAUUUUGAUCAAGAUGUGAAAUCUUCUUCUAAUGUGGCUCCUCCACCACCUCCACCACCGCCUCCGCCACCACCACCACCACCACCACUGGUAGCACUACCAGGACGCAGAGAAAUGCCGAUUUCUCCUAAAACACCAAUGGAUCAAUCCAUUACAAAGGCGGCUCCUCCAUUAGUGCCUCCAUUAAGGCCAUUUCAAAUGAAGAAUCUGAAAAAUGUAUCACCAAUUCAGCUGCCAUCUUGCAAAAGCAAUGGUGAAUCAUCUGUAGAUACCCCCAAGCCCAAAUUGAAGCCAUUGCAUUGGGAUAAAGUAAGGGCUAGCUCUGAUCGUGAGAUGGUGUGGGAUCAACUCAGAUCAAGCUCUUUUAAAGUGAAUGAGGAAAUGAUUGAAACUCUGUUUGUUGUGAACACUUCCAACUCGAAGGAGACAACUCCACGCCCUGUGUUUCCGACACCUAACCAAGAGAUCGGAGUUCUCGAUCCGAAGAAGUCGCAGAACAUUGCGAUUGCAUUACGAGCGCUUAAUGUGACGAUAGAAGAAGUUUGUGAUGCCCUUUUAGAAGGUAAUGCAGAAGCACUUGGAAUAGAGCUACUUGAAAGCUUAUUGAAAAUGGCUCCAACAAAAGAAGAAGAACGCAAGCUAAAGGCAUCAAAGGAUGUCUCACCUACAAAAUUUGGCCCAGCUGAGAAGUUUUUGAAGGCAAUCCUUGAUGUUCCUUUUGCAUUCAAAAGGGUGGAUGCAAUGCUUUACAUGGCAAACUUCGAGUCCGAGAUCGAGUACCUAAAGAAAUCAUUCGAAAAUCUCGAGACUGCUUGUGAAGAAUUGAGGAACAGCAGGAUGUUCUUGAAACUUUUAGAAGCUGUUCUCAAGACAGGGAAUCGUAUGAACGUUGGCACGAACCGUGGCGAUGCCCACGCGUUCAAACUCGACACGCUUUUAAAGCUUGUUGAUGUCAAGGGUGCAGAUGGAAAAACCACUCUUCUACAUUUCGUCGUACAAGAAAUCAUAAGAAGCGAAGGUGCUCGUCUUUACAACACGAGUUCUCCAAACUCGAACCCGAAUGACGAUAUCAAAUGCAGGAAGCUCGGUCUGCAAGUUGUUUCUAGUCUCAGCUCAGAGCUCACCAACGUAAAGAAGGCUGCUUCGAUGGAUUCCGACGUGCUCAAUGGUGAGGUUGUUAAGCUUUCGAGAGGACUCAACAAUAUUAGGGAUUCUCUACGUCUUAACGAAGCAGAUGGACGAAACGAUAGCACGGAAAAGUUCUCAUACUCGAUGAGUAGAUUCUUGAAAAUGGCAGAAGAGGAACUGAUUAGAAUCCAAGCUCAGGAAAGUGUUGCAUUAUCUCUAGUAAAGGAGAUCACUGAGUACUUCCAUGGCAACUCUGCCAAGGAAGAAGCUCAUCCAUUUCGGAUUUUCAUGGUGGUUCGAGAUUUCCUAACGGUUCUGGACGGAGUAUGCAAAGAAGUCGGGACGAUAAACGAGCGGACGAUCGUGAGUUCGGCUCAUAAAUUCCCGGUUCCGGUAAAUCCAACAUUACCACAAGCAUUUCAAGCUCAUCAUAGAGUGCAGAAAUACAGUUCUUCUGAUGAAGAAUGAACAUUGUUUUAGGUGUGUUUUGUUGCUAGAAAAUUAUGCUCCUCAAUUUCUAGUUGUGUAAAUCCCAUGUAAAAGAUUUUGAAUUGAGUUCAUGUAGAAGAUAUAUAUAUAUAUAAAGAAAUGAUAUAAUACCAAGUGAAAUGAAGCCAA